AUGGCCACUAGUGUUACAUUCAGACAGUUGAUGUACAGUUUCCGUGUAGCAGACAAUACAAUCUCCAAAUUCACACCGACCGUCCUGGAGGCCAUAGUCGACACAUUAAAAGCCAAAGUUAAGCCACCACUUAUUGAGCCAGGUAAAUGGAGGGAAGUCAGUGACAGGUUCAUCAUCAAGUGGAAUUACCCCCAUGCUUGUGGUGCCCUGGAUGGCAAACAUAUCCCUAUCAAGGCUCCACCAAAAUCUGGAUCACUCUUCCACAGCUACAAGGGCUUUUUCUCCAUGAUCCUUCUGGCAUUGGCAGAUGCCGACUACAAGUUCUUAUGGGCAUCAGUGGCGGAGUAUGGUUCAGCAUCCGAUUGUCAAGUGUUCAACGACUCUGAAUUGAGGGAGUUGAUGGAAGGUGGUGAACUAGGUUUCCCUUAUCCAGAGCCGCUGCCAGGCCUGAACGAAAACCUGUCCUACUUCUUCCUGGGACACAAUGCAUUUCCAUUGAUGACCUGGCUGGAUGAUGAAGCCCUACUCAAGGAUGGACCUUGGUCACGAUGA